CGAUCAAUGGAACCUGGCGAUCCAGAGGACUGGCAAGCCUACCCGCCUCCACAUGGGCCCUCAUACACAAGAUCCAGGGAACCUGAUGAAGCUAGAGGUUAUGGAGAGCAUUACUCAAAAGGACAUGGCUCUUAUGACAUUGAACGACAAGUUUCACAAUUUGCCUUCGACAGCAAAUCAGUCAGGGCUGCAUUUGUUCGUAAAGUAUUUUCUAUUGUAACAGCUAUGAUACUCGUGGUGAUUGUCAUGGUGACUCCUGCAGUGGUGCAGGAUGACAUAAGAAUGUUCAUGAUCGAAAACCGAUGGGUUUAUAUGAUUGCAUUAGUGUUGUUCUUCUGCAGCUACAUCAUUCUGGUCUGUUGUCAAGGAGUAGCGCGAUCCUUUCCUCUCAACUUAUGUCUCCUUGCAUUAUUCACAGUUUCUUGUGGGGUUAUGCUAAUGGUACUUUGCGCAUUAGUGCCCCCACAUACAGUGCUCUUGGCUCUUGUAACAACGACACUUGCAUGUAUAGCAAUUAUUGGUUUUGCUUCGCAAACCAAAUACGAUAUCACGAGCCAUAUUUUCAUUGUUUUCGUUGCUACUAUCGCUGUAUUCAUCUUUGGAUUGAUUCUAGCAGUGAUGAGCUUCUUCAUAUAUAUAAAAGCUUUGCACGUUAUAUUCUCAGCAAUUGUCUGUGUUUUGUUUAUGGUCUGGUUAGCAAUAGACACACAGAUGAUAAUUGGAGGAAAACGCUAUGAAAUUUCACCGGAAGAAUAUAUAUUUGCUGCGCUGAUGCUCUUUAUAGAUAUCUAUGAGAUAUUCAUCACGCUGCUUUCACUCUUCAAUGCAGCGAACAACUGA